CCAGACGAGAGGCCGUGGUUCGCCAUAUGGUUAAAAUAAGCAGAAUAUAUGACGUAUUUUAAUCGAUAAUGUCCAGAUGUCUGAAUCUUGUUCAUACAGCUGUUGUUCUUAGUUCGAUCUGAGUCAAUUUUAAAACAAAAAUAAUUCUGGAAAGAAAAUGGAUAAAUUGCCGAAUAUAAUUGAAUUAGAUGACUCUGAUCCUGAAUCACCAGACCAACCUUCAACUUCUCAUGAUACAGAAGAUCCCACAACAUCUCAAAAUGCUUCACAAGCACUAGUUUUACCUGGCACAAGUCAAGCUUUAGAUCUAAACUUUGCUCGAGGUCUGGAUUACCUGAUGGAAAAUUCCCGAAAGCAUGGAGCUGUGAUAGCUAAGACUGUGAUUAUUAAUCAAAAGCAAGGAGAUAAUAUAAAUACAGACUGCUAUAUUACGGAAAGUUCUGGCAUUUCAUACGAUAAGGGCAAUAAAAACAGAGAACCUGAAGAGUCUUCAGCUGGGGAAAGUGCUUCUUCUGCAAUUCCAGAACGAACUAACCCAAUCCCAGGUUCAAUCUCUUUGGGCAAUUCACUCUACAUGCUUCAUGGUCAACCUAUUUCCAAAUAUGGAAAUGUUUAUAAAGGAGUGAAGAUUUAUGGAACUCCUGGUCGAGGUGAUAUCGCCGUUAAAUCUUUGAAGUACAGCAAGGAGAAUGAGAGGGAAGCAAGAAUUUUGGCCAAACUCAGUCCUCAUCAGAACGUUGCCAACAUUAUAGAUUCUGGCAUUUAUCACCUUGGCCCAGUCGAGCAUAUUUUCAUAGCAAUGGAACUAUGUGGCCCUGAAACUCUGACUGGCUUUAUAAAAAGUUCAAAACAAGUCAAAAGAAUCAAGCAGAUACUAAAGCAACAACUUGUAAAUGGCAUUGCUCACAUCCAUAGGAAUAAUGUCAUACAUCGUGAUUUAAAACCUGAUAAUAUCUUGGUAUCAGAACAUGGAAUGCAAUUAAAAGUGAUAGAUUUUGGAUUGAGCAAAGAAAUGACCCAUGGUCACUCUGUCACCCAAGUGAGCACUUUAGGCAUUGGUACAGAUGGUUGGAGAGCCCCAGAGACAUACAAUGACAAUGUCAUAUCCAAACAAGCCGACGUAUUCUCACUGGCCCUUGUGAUACAUUUCAUUGAGACUGAUGGGAGUCACCCAUUUGGUGAUGACCCUGUUGGAUGGAGUUACUUGAUAAAGAAAAAUCAAGGAUGUGACCUGAGCAAACUGGGAAGUGAGAUGAGGGAUUUAGUCGGCUGGAUGCUUCAUCGAAUUCCAAAAGAGCGACCUACUUUGGAUCAAAUUCAACAGCAUAUAUGCUUUGGUGGGGAACUGGUUUGCCCAUUUCCUAACCUAUGCUUCAAGCAACCUCAGACAGUGGAAGAACUAAAACGACAGAAUGAUGAAGCAGAGAAAGAAAAGCAAGAAUUGGAACGAAGCAGACAACUGUUAGUGAUGAUGAUGCGUCAACAGUCACAAGAAUCUCAACAGAUGAAACAAGAAUAUGAAAAGAAAAUAAAACAAGCUGAGAAAGAAAAUAAAGAAUUGAAACGAAAGAUAAAAGAAAGCCGAAGCCUGGAUGAGCAGCCUGCAACUUCACGUUCUGCAAGACCGAAGCAUCAGCAUAAGCAGGGGAAUUCAUCAUCAGGAGCAAGAUCUAAAACUACAGAAUCUCAGUCUUCAAGUCAAGCUACUUCAUCUGGUCUAAGAAUCAUCAACCAACAACCACCUGGUGGAAGAAUGUCAGUGGAUUGGUUGAGGGAAUCACUGCCAGGAUAUGGAUGGAACAAUUAUGCCAUCACCUACUCAUUCCCUGCUGGAAAUCUGAAUGGUGUUUCAUAUGAGGCAAAGAAGUUCACUGAAUAUUUGCCUUCGGACCGAUACCUUAAUGACUUGCUCCAGAAAGCACUCAAUGCAGGAUUGCUCUUCAAGAUUCAGAUAAUUGGAAGCAGCAGAGGAGAAAUAAUAUGGAAUGAUGAAAUUCCUCAUAAGACUAACAAACGUGGAGGCCCAGAUAACAAUGGAUAUCCUGAUGAUGACCAUCUCGAUAAACUUCUUGAUGCAUUGAAGGCGAAAUUAAGAGGCAGCAGGAAUUGAAUACUAACAGUAGAUGAUCAACAAUGGACGCUCAACACUAUCCGGACAAUACUAUAUUAAAACUCAUCCAUUGAUUUCGAAGUGUCAUUAUCAAGCCACUUAUAAAUAUUAUAAAGUUCGGUGAACUGCAAUAUCAGUCAGAUUGACUCAGAUAUCUUUAAAGGACAUUUUAUAUAUCUUAGGCAAUUUUCAAGAUAUCUUCAAAGGACAUUUUAUAUAUCUAAAGGGAAUUUUCAAGACAUCUUUAAAAGACAUUUUAUAUAUCUCAAGGCAAUUUUCAAGAUAAAACAGCAAACUUUGGGGAUACAGUGAUAAAAAAUAAGUUCCUGUCAUUACCCAAACAGACCCUAAAUUGCCUGAACGGGGUGGAAAAUUCAUCUAAACCUACCAGACAGGUAGCUAUCUUGUAAAAGUUGUGUAGGAAUUGAAUACUAACAAUACAAAAUCAACAAUGGACGUUGGACUCUACAUGAACAAUAUAAUAUUAAAACCCCUCCAUUGAUUUUAUAUUGUCAUUAUCAACCAUUCCAUUAUGCCACUUACUGAAUAUUAUAAUGUUUGAUGAACUGCAAUAUCAGUCGGAUUUGACUCAACCUUUCGUUUUUAAAUCAAACUCUAUACUGUUAAUCAACGUGAAUUAGUCAGAAUUUUCAAAACCAACAAUUUAUAUUUUCUCAAUUUUUCAUGGUUUUUAUCUGUUUCAUCCUUUUAUUGUUGAUCAACUCCAUGAUAAUUAUGCAUAUAUGUAUAUACCGUAUAUGCUCGUUUUACCGCCCGAUCUUGAUUAAGGGCCCGUUUGAAUAGCCGCCCGUGUGAACAGAACAUAAAAAUACAUAAGGGCCGGUGCUUGAAUACCCGCCCGACGUAAAAGCUGAUUUUUCAGUGGUAGGGAACAAUAGGAAAUAAGAAGCGCUUUCGUCACAACGCUGUUUAAGUUUUAAGCGCCGGUAGAUAACACUCACGCCUUAGGCGUUCAAGUACAUAACAGAUAGCAUUGAUUAUGUAACACCAUGGUUCCCAAACUCGGCGUCGCGACGCCCAAUUGCGUCGUUUCAAUAUUGAUAGCGCGUUGCAAAACUUCCUUCUUUUGCGGAUUUGUACCUGCGGUGCGUAGAAGCAGUCAAAAUUUUUUAUUCUCGUUUAAAUCAUACUUGAGAACUGGAAAUAACAAUAAAUUAAUUAUUGUAACGAUCUAAAAUAACAAGAGCCCGUGCUUGAAUGAAGGCCGGUCAUAAUAAGGGCCCGGUUAGUGAGUUGGUUGAAAAAAAUAUGGGCCCGGGCUACAAAACGAGCAAAUACGGUAUUUGUAGAUUGACUUCCAGACUCUUGUAUUGUUACUCACUUCGUUUGCAUAUUUGACCCGUUUUUAUACAUUUUAUUCUUCCACUAUUAAUCAGUUCCAUCUCAAUUACUACUUUACAAAAAGUAAAGAGUAUUUUUGUGUUUAUUGAAAAAAAGAUGCUUUGAGCCAAGUUUUUGAAAUUUGAAUACUUCUCACAAGUUUUACUCUAACUAGUCUGCUUAUUUCAUUGCUAAAUACAAGUUUUGUAUUUAUCCUGGCAGAGAAGGCUAGUUGAGCACUCCGCUAUUAGCCUGGUUACGGAAAUCUGAUCUAUAUUCCGAUGUAUCAUGAACUUGAUUGGUGGCAGAAGCUGUAAUUAACCAAAGGAUACCACCAUAUUACACUCCAUUAGUUUUUCCAAUGCCUUUUUCUACUAUAUGCUUUCAACUUUUAUUUGAGUGGUGCCUGUAUAAUUAUGAUUUUUCAAAUGUGCAAUUCAAAUAUCCCACUGAUAAGUUUUCAAUAUAUUGAAUUUUUAUUUUUUCAUUAAAGUUCGACCUUGCUAGCCAUGAUUGGUGUUAUUAUAUUAUUUGAGAUGUAGCUGUAUAUAUGGCUUUAUUUUGCAUGAAAAGAGAU